CAACGUAAACGAGACCAAAACCGCCUUGGCAUGGCCCCCAAAUAUCUAGCGACUAGACGCCUAACAAGCACAGUGCACAGUGCACAUGCAUGCUUGUUUCGGCCCCACACGGAAGUACACGUUAUCUCGGCACCCAAACAUACUGGGAAGAAUCAUAUACUGUGCCCCAUAGAGGAACGUAGAGUUCGAGCUUCCCAACGAAGUCUGUCACAAUCAAUCUAUCUGCAUACGCUCGACUCGAGAUCUAGGGAGUCUACUCACCCGUUUGCAAGCACAUGUGGGAGCAGAGGGUUGUGUUCCAGGCUUACGGUAAUCUUUGUUUCUGCGGCGUAG